ACUUCCUGCGCUACUCUCAAUCUCCACUCUUUCUCCGACUCAUUUCCCAGCCUUAACCCCCAAAACCCUCCGCCAUGGAUCCCGUCUCAGACUGGGGAAACACUCCGCUCGCCGCAGUUGACCCGGAGAUCCACGACCUGAUCGAGAAGGAGAAGCGGCGCCAGUGCCGCGGGAUCGAGCUGAUCGCCUCCGAGAAUUUCACCUCCUUCGCCGUCAUCGAGGCCCUCGGGAGCGCCCUCACCAACAAGUACUCCGAGGGCAUGCCGGGGAACCGCUACUACGGCGGCAACGAGUACAUCGACGAAAUCGAGAACCUCACCCGCAGCCGCGCGCUCCAGGCCUACCGCCUGGACCCCACCAAGUGGGGCGUCAACGUGCAGCCCUACUCCGGCAGCCCCGCCAACUUUGCGGCCUACACGGCCGUGCUCAACCCGCAUGACCGGAUCAUGGGGCUCGAUUUGCCCUCCGGCGGGCAUUUGACUCACGGAUACUAUACCUCCGGCGGGAAGAAGAUCUCCGCUACCUCGAUUUACUUCGAGAGCUUGCCCUACAAGGUGAAUUCCACCACCGGGUAUAUUGAUUACGAUAGAUUGGAGGAGAAGGCCCUGGAUUUCAGGCCGAAAUUGAUCAUCUGUGGUGGCAGUGCUUACCCUAGAGAUUGGGACUACAAGAGAUUCAGAGAGAUUGCUGAUAAAUGUGGGGCGCUUUUGCUCUGUGAUAUGGCUCACAUUAGUGGCCUCGUUGCCGCUCAGGAAGCAGCUGAUCCUUUUGAGUACUGUGACAUAGUCACCACCACAACUCACAAGAGCUUGAGGGGUCCUAGGGCUGGGAUGAUUUUUUACCGCAAGGGCCCCAAGCCACCGAAGAAGGGACAACCGGAGGGUGCAGUGUAUGACUUUGAAGACAAGAUCAACUUUGCGGUUUUCCCAUCACUACAAGGCGGUCCCCACAACCACCAAAUCGGUGCUUUGGCUGUUGCCCUCAAGCAGGCCAUGUCUCCGGGCUUUAAGGCCUAUGCUAAGCAAGUCAGGGCCAAUGCAGUUGCUCUCGGAAACUACUUGAUGAACAAAGGGUACAAGCUCGUCACUGGUGGAACUGAGAACCACCUUGUUCUAUGGGACCUUCGUCCUCUUGGUUUGACUGGUAAUGCAAUUGGGCACUCAAUCUUUCGGGACUCUGCAUUCCGGGGAUUAGCAAUCAUUGAUGGGUGUAUCUUGAUUCUCUUUGCAGGUAACAAGGUCGAGAAACUCUGUGACCUGUGCAACAUUACCGUGAACAAGAAUGCUGUAUUUGGUGACAGCAGCGCUCUUGCCCCUGGAGGAGUUCGCAUUGGUGCUCCUGCCAUGACAUCAAGGGGUUUGGUCGAGAAGGACUUUGAGCAGAUUGCCGAGUUCCUCCACAGGGCUGUGACCCUCACCUUGAGCAUCCAAAAGGAGCACGGGAAACUCUUGAAGGACUUCAACAAGGGUCUCGUCAACAACAAGGAAAUCGAGCAGCUCAAGGCCGAUGUUGAGAAGUUCUCGGCCUCCUUUGACAUGCCCGGAUUCAAAACAUCCGAAAUGAAGUACAAGGACUAGGCAAAAUCACACCUCAAGUUUUCGCGUUUGCAACAUUUUCCUUAUGUAUGCAUCAUAUGCUCCAAAGAAGAAUUUCCCUUGUGUUAAUUCAAUUCAUGGCUUAUGCUGAAGAACAAUAACGUUGGCACUGUAUCAUUCUACUUGAUGUUUUAGGAUUAGUGUUUGAAUUGUCGCAUGAAGUUGUAGUAGUUGCUCCAAAGUUGAUAAAACUUUGAAAUGAUUUCCAUGUCUCAAAUGAUUUUGUAAGUCAUACUAUUUUCUGUGUGUUUUACUAAUUCAAUCAAAUAUACAGUGAUUGGCAAAAAUGAAAACUACA